AUGGCUUUCUUCGAAGCUCUGAGCUUGGUUUAUGUCCACCUCUCUUUCUGGGACAUAGCUUUUGCCUUUCUUGGACUAUUUCUUUUGACCUGCUUUCUUCAGAGAAUGACCAACAAAGGUCCAAUGUUGUGGCCUGUCAUGGGGAUAGUACCCUCUGUGGUCAUCAAUAUCAAUGACCUCUACGAUUGGGUCACCAUUGCUUUCAUCAAAGCCAAAGGCACUUUCCCCUAUAGGGGAGUGUGGAUGGGAGGGGCUCAUGGAAUCCUGACCGUUGAUCCAUCAAAUAUCGAAUACAUGCUCAAAACAAGAAUCAAAAACUUCCCAAAAGGCAAGUAUUAUAAAGAGAGGUUUCGUGAUUUGCUUGGUGAUGGUAUUUUUAAUGCAGAUGACGAGUUAUGGCUUCGGCAAAGAAGAGUGGCUAUUAUAGAGAUGCAUUCGAGCCGGUUUGUGAAGUACUCAUUUAAGACAAUGCAGGAUUUGGUAAUACAGAAGCUGUUGAAGUUGACAAACAAGUUGGUCAACUCAAAAGAAGAUCACAUCAUUGACCUUCAAGAAUUGCUUCUUCGUUUUACGUUUGAUAAUAUAAGUACUGCUGCUCUUGGAGUUGACUCAGGGUGCUUGGCUCUAGAGUUACCUGAAGUACCCUUUGCCAAAGCCUUUGAAGAAGCUACAGAGUCGACUCUGUUCAGAUUUUUGGUACCUCCUUUUGUAUGGAAGCCUAUGAAGUUGUUUGGACUUGGUUCUGAGAAACGGCUUAAAGAAGCAACCAAAUUCGUUCAUGACUUUGCUGAGAAGAUAGUUAUGGAUCGAAGGAGUGAACUCAUUGAGCAAGGAAGCUUGGAUGGUCGUUCUGAUCUCUUGUCAAGGCUCAUGGUCAUGGACAAUAUCAUCACUACUAGAUCAAAUGAAAAGAACUUUUUCUCAAACAAGCUUUUGAGAGACUUCUGUAUAAGUUUCAUCUUGGCCGGGCGCGAUACGAGCUCGGUGGGGCUGGCUUGGUUCUUCUGGUUAGUACAAAAAAGCCCAGAAAUCGAAAGCAAAAUCCUUGAAGAGAUCAAUGAUAUUUUGUCAAGGCGCGAGGCUAAAGAGGAUGAUGAAGAAGAAGAGAUAGUUUUCACAAUGGAAGAACUAAAGCAAAUGGUGUAUCUCCAAGCAGCGUUAACAGAGUCCUUAAGGCUAUACCCGCCAGUGCCAAUUGACAUCAAAGAGGUCACAAACGACGACGUUUUCCCUGAUGGAACCAUCGUUAAGAAGGGAGCUAGGGUUCUGUACUGUAUAUUCUCAAUGGCUCGAAUGGAGUGGAUAUGGGGAAAAGAGUGCUUGGAGUUUAAGCCCGAAAGGUGGAUCCAAAAUGGUCAGUUGGUGAACGAGAGCCAGUUCAAGUACACAGUUUUCAAUGGGGGUCCGAGGUUGUGUUUAGGAAAAACAUUUGCUUACAUGCAGAUGAAAAUGGUGGCCGCUGCUAUACUCCUGAGGUACCAAGUUAAGGUUGUCGAGGGUCAGAACAUUGUCCCAAAAAUCACAACUACUCUUUACAUGAAGAAUGGUUUGUUGGUCAGUUUCAAGCCUAGGUUGGCCAACUCUGCAAUGUGACUCAUCCACACUCCUCUUCUAUCUAUAUAUCUAUAUAGCUUUUAUUGUUAAAUGUUAUUGCUAUUAUAAUAAUCAGCUCGAUGGACCAAAUAUACAAGCUUUGUUAAGUAGUAUGAAGCUCCUAUAGCUAGUGCAUCUAUUCACUCCAAGUCAGUUUGUGAUAUCAACAAAAAUCUUUGUAUCUUA